AAAAGCUCAGCCACAAUGCUGAAACAAAACCAAAACAAAUAGCUAAGCACCGAAAGCUGUUCGGUUUAAUUGUUUGUUGUUGCUGCCAACAUCCGCACUUGAAAUCUAAUCAACUGUCGAACGGGGCGCACUUCUAUGACCGAAAAGUAGCCCCCGCCGGCGAUGUGACGCUCAUAAUGGGGGAUCGUCCGCGAGAAUGAUAAGCGGAGGCUCGUCUUGCUACAGUGUUUCUAUAGCAUUUAGUCAAGACCAGCAGUCAUGGAGCUAGCGUAUCUCCUCUUCCAAGUGGCAGUCGCCCUGCUAGCGAUCGCCACCUACUAUACACAUCGAAGACUGACCUACUUCAAGCGCCAAGGAGUUCCACACGAUGCUCCGCAUCUGCUGAGGGGCAACAUGGAGGGCUUCAACAGCACCCGCACCAUUCAGGAGAUCAUGCAGGACUAUUACAACAAAUAUCGUAACAGCAAAGUGCCCUUUGUGGGAUUCUACUUCUUCCAAAAGCCCUGCGCCUUCAUCAUGGAUCUGGAUUUGGUCAAGCACAUACUGAUCAAGGACUUCUCUAACUUCUCGGACAAGGGGCUGUACUACAAUGAGAAGGACGAUCCCAUCUCGGCCCAUCUCUUCAAUCUGGAUGGACCGCAGUGGCGUUUGCUACGGAAUAAACUAACUUCCACCUUUACCUCCGGCAAAAUGAAGUUUAUGUAUCCCACAGUUGUGUCCGUUGCCAACGAGUUUAUGGCUGUAAUGCAUGAAAAGGUCAAGAUGAGUAAUGUUCUGGAGAUCCGUGAGCUGGUGGCCAGGUUCACUGUGGAUGUGAUUGGAACCUGUGCCUUUGGCAUCCAGUGCAACAGUCUACGGGACGAGAAGGCCGAGUUUCUGCACUUUGGCAAGAGGUCCUUGGUGGAAAAGCGCCAUGGUCCCUUGCUCUUCAGCUUAAUGUUUAGCUAUCCCAAGUUGGCGAGGCGUUUGCGCCUUGUUAAGACCGCCCCACACAUCCAGAAGUUUUAUCAAAGAAUUGUCAACGAAACUGUGGCACUGCGGGAGAAGGAACAUAUCAGGCGAAAUGACUUCAUGGAUCUCCUGAUCGAUAUGAAAAACCAAAAGGAAAUGACUCUAGAGAACGGCGAUGUGGUCAAGGGACUCACCAUGGACGAGGUGCUGGCCCAAGCCUUUGUCUUCUUUAUCGCUGGCUUCGAGACAUCCUCCUCCACCAUGGGAUACGCUUUGUACGAGCUGGCCAAGCAUCCGCACAUCCAGGACAAGGUCAGGGCUGAAGUGGAGGAAGUUCUGGAGAACCAUGGUCAAAAAUUAACCUAUGAGAGUACCAAGGAUCUAAAGUACCUCAAUAUGGUGAUCGAUGAAACCCUUCGUCUCUACACCAUUGUUCCUCAUCUGGAUCGCAUGGCUCACAAGCGCUUUGUGGUUCCCGGACACCCGAACUUUGUCAUCGAGGCUGGUCAAUCGAUCGUCAUCCCCUCAUCUGCUAUCCACCAUGAUCCCAGCAUUUAUCCCGAGCCUUAUGAGUUCCGUCCAGAACGCUUUAGCCCUGAAGAAUCGGCCAACCGUCCGUCGAUUGCCUGGCUGCCCUUCGGAGAUGGUCCUCGUAACUGCAUUGGGUUAAGGUUCGGACGGAUGCAGGCAUGCAUUGGACUAGCUUUACUCAUCAAGAACUUCAAGUUCUCCACUUGCUCCAAGACACCGAAUCCUCUGGUCUACGAUCCCAGAUCGGUGGCCCUAAGUGUUCCAGAGGGAAUUAAUCUUCAAGUUGAGGCCUUUUAAGGGCUCUUAUAUGGGAUUUGUAAGAUUAAUAUGUUAUCGGGCUUUGAGCGUAUUCGUACUAUUUUUAUCAAAAGUCAAGCUAGACUUGUAGACGCCUAAAAUUACAUUUUAUUAAGUCUUUACAAUUGUUAAUUUGAUAAGAAGUUUAUCAAAGGGGUCUAUACAAAACCUCGAAGCUAUUUUUAUACACUGCAAGUGUAUUGUAACCACAAGCCUGAAACGCUGUGA